AUGAAAACUCUUGCUGCAGUACGAUCUGGUUACUGCGAUGACCUAAUAUCAAGAGCCGCCGAUGUCACACUCAAGGAAGACCGCAAACUACUCCUAGCUAUUCGGGAAACACCUUUGAGUUCUAUUCAUCUUGAGAAUAUGCUUGCUCUUCGUCGUGCUAACGCCAUCAUCUUCCCUCCUGUUCCGGCUUUCUAUACCAGGCCUGGGGGUGUCGAUGAUAUUGUCGAUCAAAGUGCUGGAAGGAUGUUGGAUAUGAUGGGAAUAUUCACUGAUGGAUUUGAGCGAUGGGAGGGGUUCAAGAAAGCUCAGACUGAGAUGUAG